AGCUCACCUGGGGAUGUUGAGCAGAAACAUCAGGUGUAGCCGGCCUGAUCAGCCUGUUAGUUUGAUUGUACUUGUGAGAAUUUUGAUCUACUUAAUUCCCGUUCGAUUUUCUGUGACAAUGAUGAGCAGUUGGAUAUUUCUGUGUGGACUUUCUCUUUGUACCUGGUCGUCUAUCCAAGGAACCUACAGAUAUGGAGGAUCAGACAUCUGUAAAUGCAAUGGAAAGUCACGUUAUUGCUUGCCUGACUCUGGGGGCCUCCAUUGUGUGGACUGCCAAGACAACACUGAGGGAAGGCAUUGUGAGAGGUGCAAGGAGGGAUUCCACCACCAGAGGGCAGGAGACAGUUGUGUGCCGUGUAACUGCAGCUCUAUAGGUUCUGUAGGCCCACACUGUGACAGUAGAGGACGCUGCAGCUGUAGAGCGGGAACACAGGGGGAGAAAUGUGACCGGUGUCAGAAUGGAACACCUAUCAGCUCAAAUGGCUGUGCUGCUAAUGGUGGCCAGCUCACUGACAACUCAGUGACAGCUCAAUCUCUACCUUGCUUUUGCUAUGGACACUCGACUGAGUGCUCCACAGCCAAGGGAUACUCCGUUCACACAGUCACCUCAACCUUUGACGAUGGGCCAGAGGGGUGGCGAGCUGCCACUGUUCACGGUGUGACCCCGUCUCAAGUCCACUUCCGCUGGUCCCCCACUCAUCAUGACAUUGAGGUCAUCUCCAAAGACAUCCUGCCUGUUUACCUCCAUGCCCCUGACUCUUACCUCGGCAACCAGGAGCUGAGCUACGGUCAGAACCUGUCCUUCUCCCUGAGGCUGGACCGAGGGAUUCGCCAUCCGUCCAUGGCUGAUGUGGUGCUGGAGGGAUCUGGGCUGAGCGUGGCAGCUUCCCUGGGAGACCUGAGGACCAUCGUUCCCAGUGGACAGAAGAUUACUUACACAUUCAGACUGGAUGAGCAACAGGGCAGUGAAUGGAGGCCCCACCUUUCAUCUUUCCAGUUUCAAACACUCCUCCACAAUCUGACUGACAUUAAAAUCCGUGGGACAUUUGGAGAAAAUGGGCGUGGUUACCUUGACGACGUGCGCAUGGAGUCUGCCCGUCGAGGUGCCGGGUCCCCAGCUGCAUGGGUACAGAAAUGUAGCUGCCCAGUGGGAUAUGAGGGCCAGUUCUGUGAGAAGUGUGCUGCAGGGUAUAAAAGAAGUUUGCCAAGCAAAGGUCCAUACAGCUCCUGUGAGCCCUGCAGCUGUAGAGGAGGAAGCUGUGACUCUGAAACAGGAGACUGUUACUCUGCAGAUGAGACCCCUGGUCGCCAGAUCUGCCCGCUAGGGUACUAUAAUGAUCCUGCCCAGCCACAGUCUUGUCAGAAGUGUCCCUGUCCCAAUGGAGGUGCCUGCUCUGUGAGCCCAGGUUCCCUGGAGGUCAAGUGUGACCUCUGUCCACCUGGCACCACUGGCUCACAUUGCCACACCUGCCAGGAUGGUUUCUAUGGCGAUCCCUUGGGUGAAGAUGGCAUCCAGAGGCCUUGUCGGCGCUGCCAGUGCAACGGACACAUGGACCCGAACACUGUCCGUAGUUGUGACCCACAGACAGGGCAGUGCCUGAAAUGCCUAAAGCAUACCACUGGCUUCUUCUGUGAGAGCUGUCUGGAGGGCUAUCACCACAGCAUGCCAUCAGAGGCAUGCAAACCUUGUGGCUGCAAUUCUCAGGGCUCUCUGUACAACAAAUGCAGUGACCAGGGCCAGUGUUCUUGCAGAGAAGGCUUUGAGGGUCUGAAGUGCCAGCGUUCUGCGUGUCCCUCCUGCUUCAACCUUGUCAAGACUGAGAUGGAGGGGUAUAGUCGUAAACUACGGGAGAUAGAAACCCUGUUUACGGGCAUGGAGAGUGGCAGUCUGCCAGUUAACGACGCCCAGAUGGAGAAAGCCAUCAGAACAGCAGAGGACAUAGUCACAGACCUGCAGAGAAAUGCACAGACACUCUCUGAAUCCGAGAAAGACUUACAGGCCCGGCUCUCAGACAUCAGUGCAACCCAGCUGAGUGAAGGCAGAGACAUCCAGGCGAUCUCCAACACAGUUGACAACAUCAAGCUGCAGGACCAGAAGUACCAACGACAGGUAUCUGAUGUCCAGACACUCAUCAGUGAUGUGCGGCGCAAACUUGAAGAGGCAAGAUUCAACAUCAAACAAGCUGAAUUCCCCUUAGGUGAUGCAGGGGUGGGCACGGACACCCUCUCUUCUCUGGUUCAGAGAGCAACAGACCUGGCUGAAAAACAGCAGAGCAAAUCGGAGACGAUGGACAAGACAGCUAACGGUGCCCUUGCAAAGUCCGAGAAGUCCCUGGCACUCAUGAGAUCGGUCAUGACAGGGGAAAACAAGAUCAAGGAGCUUAUCAGUGAUCUUAAAACCAAGUAUGAUGAGAACUCAGCCCAGGUGAAGGCCAUGGAGAGCCUGGCUACUCGCCUGAGCAGCUCUGCCCGAGAUGAGAGCAGGAUGGCAACUGGCACUCUGGAGCAGAUAGCCUCCCUGGAGCCAGGAAUCCCUCGUCCUCUCAAGAAGGACAUUGACAGUGUGUUGGCUAAAUUGGAUGGCCUGAGAGAACGGGUGGAGAAGAACCUAACAGCGUACCAGGCACUGCAAGAGGACACCCAGGAGGACAAAGCCGCAGUAGAAGAUCUUCUGGCCCAGGGGAAGGCAGCUCAACAGAAAUAUGACCAGCUUCUUGGCAGGGCAAAUCAUGCGAAGGCUGACACAGAACUGGCCCUGAAGGAUAUCACAAAUAAUAUUGAUGGGGUGGAUAAUGCACUGGAGAUGCUAAGAGGGUUUGAUGGCCAGAUCAACAAGAACAAGGCAUUGGCCGACGAGGCCAUAAAGAAACUCCCUGGCAUCAACGCCACCAUUCAUCAAGCUGUUGGCAACAACUCAGAGACCCUAUUCAUCAUAGGCAGUGUGACUGGAGACUACAAUGAUGCACUGGGCACUGUCAGCAGCCUGGAAGCUGUGGUCUCUCGACUGGAGGGAAUGUCCGGCUCUUUACCAGUUCCUCCUGCUGGUCUGUUGAAGGACGCCACCAAGCUGAAAGAGGACGUGCAGGGUCUGCAGAAGCAGGCAGUGGCCACUGUGGCCAAAGUGGCCGCAGAGAAGGCUAACGCUGAGAUACAGAAAGACAGAGCAGCAGAGGCUUCAAUUGGAGCAACUGGUGCUUACAACAAUGCCAAGCACACCAGAGACGCUGUGGGAGAAACACUCCUGGUCAUCAAUAACCUUCUGAGCAUGAUCGGUAAACCUGGCAGUGUGGACGAGGAGAGGCUAGGGGAGUUGGAGCAGUCCAUCACCAGCGCUCGUGGCCAGGUCAACCUACAGCUCCAGCCUCGACUGCAGGACCUAGAAGGGAAGGAGGCCAGCCAGAGGACCAGGUUGACUGGCCUCAACCUAGAUAUCGAUAUGAUCCUGGACGACAUCAGGAACUUAGAGGACAUACACGCGAACAUCCCUAAGGGCUGCUUCAACUCCCCACCUAUUGAGAGACCUUAAUCCCCACCUAUUGAGAGAUCUAAGUUUACGUCCCAAAUGGUACCCUAUUCCCUAUAUAAUGCACAACUUUUGACCAAGGCCCAUAAGACUAGUCAAAAAAUAGGGCACAAUAUAGGGAAUAGGGUUCCAUUUGGGCCUCAAAUAUAUAGGGAAUAAGGUGCCAUUUGGGACACAGAUUUAGUGUCUGAAUGUAACAUGGUAUUAUGUAAGAGAAAAGGAGUGUUUAAUUAAAUGUAUGCAUAACUGCCUGCAACAACAACAAAAUCUGUGAAAUGUUCAAACACGAGGAGCAAUAUUUUGUCAAUGGUAAUGCGAUAUUUUCAGUGAUCUACUAAGUGUUAAAAACAAUGUAUUUUCUGUUGUAUUCUGUCAAAUAAACUUCAAUA